AUGGACGAACUCUGUGCCAAGAUGCGUAGCGUUGACCAAGGAUUACCCGUAAAAACUCAAAAAUAUUUUCGCACUUCUGUGCCUGCUGCGUUUACAGCGGAAGCUAUUCAUUUGGCGAAUCAGUUCAUCCACUUUGGUUAUUUAGUCCCGGUGUUUGAGCCGAUUGCACCGCUCAAAGAAGACAAUACCCUCUAUCGGUUACAGAUUCCGUACUUUUGGCCUUCUCAGAAUAUGAACCCUGACAACCUUGAAUACGCAAUUUUUUUGAGUAAACGGUUGCUUAGAAGUGAAGAGAAGCACGGUUUGGUCGACUACGAAGCCGAAUCCUAUCAAAAGCUGAAACAGCUUUUGGGCCAUAUGUGGGAUUUUAUCGAAACUCAGGCAGAAAUGCAGUUCAAGAUUUUCAAAGAAAAGAAAAAAGUUGAAAAGGUGGUUCUGGAUAAUCAGGAAAAAGCGUUUUGGCGUAUUCAUAGACCACCGGUAUUCCCUUCCUUCCUCUGUGAGUUUAGUUUUGGUCUUUAUUUCCUCUUCACCGCUUUCUGCAUCAUUACCAUACUUCUGCCUCUUUUCUUUUCCUUUCCGUAUCUUGUUGUUUUUAUUCGCCUGUUGUUCAGGUUAGUUCUCUGGAGCGAUCAGUUUAGCGAGUACGAUCCUUUGAUGUCUUCGUUUCCUCGCGACGUCGGCAACCCAUGGAUCGUCGACGAUACUACGCUGUGGCAGUUGAAUGCGGACAAUGCCGAGAUACCGUCAGAACAACGCGUCCGCCGGUGGGGCUUCUCGAUUCAGGAGCUGAUACGAGACCCGAUCGGCCGACAAGUGUUAGAAACGUUCCUGGAAUCAGAAUUCUCUCAGGAAAAUAUUAAAUUUUGGAUCGCUGUUCAAGAUCUAAAGCACAGUCCCUCUUCGCAGGUGGAACAAAAGGUGGAAACGAUUUACAAUGAAUUCUUAGUUUCCGGCGCUCCAUGUCAAAUAAACAUCGAUUCACAGACGCUAGAAGCAGUGACGAAAGCGAUGAAAUCAAACACGAUGCCGAGUCGGUAUUGUUUCUCUCAGGCAGAGGAACAUAUAUUUAUUUUGAUGAGCAAAGAUUCGUACCCUCGGUUCACCAGAUCCGAAAUCUAUCGCGGCAUCCUGACUGCCGCACAGCAACAAGGCAGCAAAAGGCUGGGCUGGAAGUAG